AAAUGAAUCAUCGGAAGCCCACACCUCUCACGUCCAUCCAGGAACAGAACGAAGUAGAAGAAAACGACAUCGUCACAAAGGCCGAGAAGAAGAUAUCCCAUGCCCUGACCGUCAUUUGGUCAGAUCUACCGUCGUGGCAACAAGACAAUCACUACAUUCAAUCUGGCUACCGACCAGCAAGCAACUCAUUUCAUCGCUCAUUCAUGUCCUUGUCUUAUAUUCAUAAUGAGACUGUAAACAUCUACACUCAUCUUCUCGGAGCUCUUGUCUCCUUGGUCUGCUCUAUCUAUUUGCAUUCGCUCAUUAAGCCGCGAUAUGACAGAGCGAGCAGAGAGGACGUGAUCGUCUUUGGAUGCUUCUUUGGUGGUGCCAUUGCUUGUCUGGGUAUGAGUGCCACCUACCACACCAUUUCCAACCACUCACCCAAAGUCAACAAGAUUGGAAACCAGCUGGACUAUGUCGGCAUCGUGUGUUUAAUUUGGGGCAGCUUUAUCCCCAGCAUCUUCUAUGGGUUUGCCAGAGAGCCAGGAUAUAUUGCUGUGUACUGGUCAAUGUCAUUGACCGUCAUANNGAUCACACUCAUUGGCAUCGGCUGUGCGACUGUGUCCAUUAUGCCCAGUUUCAGAACGCCCAAGUGGCGUCCUUUCCGCGCCGGCAUGUUCGUUGCAAUGGGUGCAAGUGCUGUUAUCCCAGUGCUGCAUGGCAUCUUCUUAUUCGGAGUCGGUCAACUUGAGCGACAGAUGGGCCUCUCUUGGCUGGUCUUGCAAGGAGUCUUGUAUAUCUCUGGUGCCGCAAUCUAUGCAGCACGUUUCCCAGAGCGCCUGAAGCCUGGUUCUUUCGACAUCUGGGGCAGUUCUCAUCAGAUUUUCCACGUCCUGGUUUUACUUGCUGCGACCUCUCACUUCGUCGGUCUUGUCAAGGCAUUCGACUAUGAGCAUAGUGCGAGAGCCCAGGCCGAUAACAUCGUAUAUGGUUUCAACCAUAUCUUCAAGAAGAAC